UGCAUGGAAUGAAUCCUCCUAGAGACUUUCACGAUACAAGCACCAGCCGCCGCUUCACGCCACCCUCCACCACGCUGAGUCCGGGGAAGAUGAGUGAAACGUUGCCGCUGGCUGUCCAGGAGAACAGCGCCUCCCUGGUGGGAAAACUCAGAAGUACAGACCGCAGCAUGGUGGAGGUUUUAGCGGAUCACGCGGGAGAGUUGGUCCGUACAGACAGCCCUAACUUCCUCUGCUCCGUGUUACCCACGCACUGGAGAUGCAACAAAACGUUGCCGAUUGCUUUCAAGGUAGUUGCCUUGGGAGAUGUUCCUGAUGGGACUUUGGUCACUGUGAUGGCUGGAAAUGAUGAAAAUUACUCUGCUGAACUGAGAAAUGCUACAGCGGCAAUGAAGAACCAAGUUGCAAGGUUCAAUGACCUCAGAUUUGUGGGUAGAAGUGGAAGAGGGAAAAGCUUCACACUGACCAUCACCGUCUUCACAAAUCCACCCCAAGUAGCCACCUACCAUAGAGCCAUCAAAAUUACUGUGGAUGGACCUCGGGAACCUAGAAGACAUCGUCAGAAAAUAGAUGAACAGACAAAGCCCGGCAGCCUGUCCUUCUCAGAGAGACUGAGCGAACUGGAGCAGCUACGCCGUACUGCCAUGAGGAUCAGUCCACACCACCCAGCCCCUACAUCGAACCCACGAGCUUCCUUGAACCACACAACAGCUUUUAACCCUCAGCCUCAGAGUCAGAUUCAGGAUACAAAGCAGAUCCAGCCUUCUCCACCUUGGUCCUAUGACCAGUCAUACCAAUACUUGGGAUCUAUCGCUUCUCCUUCUGUACACCCAGCAACACCUAUUUCCCCUGGGCGAGCCAGUGGCAUGACGUCUCUCUCUGCUGAGCUUUCCAGCCGACUUUCAACUGCUUCUGACCUGACGGCAUUCAGUGAUCCUCGGCAAUUCCCGACUCUUCCUUCCAUUUCUGAUGCUCGUAUGCAUUACCCAGGAGCCUUUACCUAUACCCCAACUCCAGUCACUUCAGGAAUAGGAAUUGGCAUGUCUGCCAUGACCACUGCCACAAGAUACCACACUUACUUACCCCCUCCAUACCCUGGUUCUUCUCAGGCUCAAGGCAGCCCCUUUCAGACAAGUUCUCCAUCUUACCAUCUCUACUAUGGAACGUCAGCAGGGUCCUAUCAGUUCUCAAUGAUGUCUGGUGGAGACCGCUCCCCUCCACGUAUCCUGCCUCCUUGCACUAAUGCUUCCACAGGAUCUACCCUCCUCAACCCCAAUCUUCCCAACCAAAGUGAUGUGGUUGAAGCUGAAGGCAGUCACAGCAACUCCCCAACCAACAUGGGCACCACAGCAAGGCUGGAAGAGGCAGUGUGGCGGCCAUAUUGAAUUUUACCUAGGGAUGGGCCAGGACUGAAUUUGCUUUGAUCUACUCUUUCCCAGAGUUAUUCCAAAUGCCCUAUGGGACCUGAAGGCUGUUUCACUCCUUUCAGAAGAAACUCCCUCUGGUGGCUUGGCCAUCUGGCUACUGUGUCAUUAUUUCAUCCAGCCAGUGUGCAAAGAAGAACAAUAUUUUGCUUGAAAUGGUCCCUUUUUCAGGAGAUAAAGCCUUCUGGAACCAAAAGGACCCCAAAUGGUUAUACCCAUUGGUCUUGAAGUAGGUCAUUACCGUGAUCUAGUUCCAGCCCAAUGGCCUCUUAAGCAUCCACUGCUUCAGAGAUCCCACAGUUCUCAAAUGCUGUUUGACCCAUCUCUGAUUUUUAUACCCACCACAACCAUAGUGUGUCCACUUCACCAUAUGGACCCGUUGAUAAUUGUAAGGAAGUGUAGGUAGAUUCCCAGAGGGAAACUGUGAAUGCUUCUGAUUUAGCAAUGCUGUGAAUAAAAGAAAGGUUUUAUAUCCUUGACUUCAAUUUUUAGCUAAGUUGUAUAUUCCAAAGUUUGGAAUUUUGGUUUUGGGGAAUGCAACUCAUCCUAUUUUGCAUCUAAGUCAUUUUUAUUUCUUUUUUAGGCACCUUAUAAAUUGCAAAAUGCAUAUUUGCAUUUGGGUGGUUUUUUAAUGUAUAAAACUGUGCUUGCUUCUUUCUUGCUUUGACAGUUGAAAGAAUCAAUCCCCUUUUCAUUGAGGUCUUAUUUAACUUUUCCUUUGAACUUGGGCGUAGUUGUUUUUAAAGUGACAGCUACAGCCUUGGGUCAUUUUCAACUACUGUACUCCUGUAGUGAGUCCCCAGGUAUUUAUGUAUCUUGAUGUCUAGACAUUUACUUUGUUGAAACUUUAAUUUUUAUUUAAAUGUACUUACAGUAAGAGGGAAAACAAUCAAGUACUGCAUUUUUAUUUUUUGGUAGCAACCAGAGUUAAAUACAUCACCUUGAAAAAAGGCUGAGGGGAAAAAGGAUGGGUAAGAGAAUCACUUAGUAAUCCAGAAAUAUUGUUUACAUUUAACUCCCUUUCAUUUAAAUCAGCUACUUUGUAGCUAACCACGUUUUAACUGGUUUUUCAAACACUGAGGGCCUCUUUAAGAAUCAGGAACACAGAACUCUAUUUAACAAGAAACAUAUAACAUCUGUCUGCCUCUCUUCAAAUAAGGAAGGCCAGAUAUGGCCUUUGUGUCUUCAGGUAGGCUCCACUGACUACAGAGGCAGUACCAGUGGGCCCAGGAGACUGUUUCUGACACCUGACAGCUCGCUGCACAGUACCCAAGGUUCUGAUUUUUUCAGGCACUCAAAAUCGACUACAUCAUAGUGGAGCUGAGUUCUGAACUGUAACUAAAUGGGAGCCCGUGGGUCUCAACUGUUUUUUUAGCUAGUUAGGUCUAAGAUGAGAAGAACUUCUGAACCCAGAGCACACAAAGUAUUCUAGCCUAUAGAAAAUGUGUCUUUAAUCUGAGCACUUGUGCCCUGGCUUAAAGUUUCUGAUCACCUCAAAAAGCUGGGAGUGGAAAGGAACAACUUUCAUUUCCGUGAGUUUUCAGCGUGUGCGACACUUGCGUUCAUAUCUGGAUGCACAAUAUCCACGUGCGUCAAUCACUAUACAUGAACAGCGAUAUUAUGUUUCAAUGUAGCAACACCAUGUUCCAUGCUCCUGCUACAGUAUUUGUCCUUUAACUCUCCCCUUGAGCUCCCCUCUCCACCCUCAGCUAUGCUUCCACAAGAGGGGGCCCCUGAAUUCUAUAGGAGAACCCACUACACCCACACAGCAGUGUGAUAUUAGAGAUUCCUGGUGUUCCUGCCCAUCCUUAAGAUUCAAACUAAUUAGACAUCACUCUACAUUUUAUGGCACUGUUUUUGUCUGAGGAUUUAGUUAGAACGCAAUUGUGAGACCUGGUAAGUACAAACUGCUGAUGUUGACGUAUGUUUGUUCAAAAUUAUAUGAUUGUUAUUUAAUGUACCUCUUCAAUUAGAUGAAACAAUUGUAGGUCAACUCUGAAGAGUAUUUGAAAACUCGACUUUGCAUCAUUGUUUGAUGCUAAAAAAAAAAAAAAGAAUUUUUUUAAGGUUUCAAAUUAGAAAAGAUCCUUGGCUGCAGGCAGCAGAACAGCUGGACUUAUUUAAAAACAACUUGUUUUUGAGUUUUAGAAAAAAAAAAAUUUUUUUGCUUAUUUGUUAUACAUGAAUGCAGUAGCACUUUGGUAUAAAAAGUUACAGAUUAAACAAUUUAUGUUGUCAGUCAAACCAUUUUCAUCUAAUGAAAGAGCUAUAUCACAUCUCAGAAAAACUCAGAAUGUUUUUAAUUUUUAGUGUUAAAAUUCUUUUCAGUUCAGUUUCAUUUUGAUUA